GCUGGUGUUGACAAGAUGGCGGCGACCGCGGGGCUGCAGGAGCGGGUGGAGGCGCUGGAGCGCCGGGUGUUCGGGGCCGGGGCGGCCCGCGGGCCGCGCAAGGUGCGGGGAUGGGCGGGCUCCUCAGCACCCCCCGCCCGGCCUGCAGCAGAUGGCUUGGUGAAAGUUCAGGUGGCUUUGGGGAACAUCGCAAGCAAAAGAGAGAGAGUUAAAAUUUUGUACAAGAAAAUUGAAGAUUUAAUAAAAUAUCUGGAUCCUCAGUACAUUGAUCGAAUGGCUGUUCCCGAUGCCAUGAAACUGCAGUUCAUCUUAGCAGAGGAGCAGUUUAUUCUUUCCCAAGUUGCUCUUCUGGAGCAGGUGAACAACCUCCAGCCGUUCUUGGACAGUGCACACAUCAAAGCUGCUCCUGACCAUGCUGCCAAACUGCAGCGACUUGCUCAAAUCCACAUACAGCAGCAGGACCAGUGCGAAGCAGUAACCGAAAACGUCAGGGUGCUCCUAGAAGACUACAAUAAAAUGACCCUGCUUCUGUCUAAGCAGUUUGUCCAGUGGGAUGAAAUGCUGACGCAGCUGGAAGCAGCCAAGCAGGUGAAGCCUAUGGCAGAGUGAUGGCAGCGAUGUAUCGCCAGGAGAAAUGCAGCCUGCAGCCCCAGGGCAGCACCAAGCUUGGGUGAACUGGGGAGGAUUGCAGCUGUCCUGGCACCACAGGUUCCAGUAUGCAAUGCUCUGGCCUGGCUGCUUGGAGCAGAGCGCUGCAUGCUGGGACUUGUAGUCUCAGCAGGCUGCACCUACAAUACUGAAGAUGAAGGUGGCUGCCAAUGAUGCCAGAGGGUCUUGUUACCCAUUUUUGGUCUAUGAGCUGCACUUUGCCCUCCCCUCCCUUCUUAAAAAUGAAACCAGGUGACUGGCAUCCUCUUAGAACUCGAGGAUCUGCACUUCUCCUGACUUGCACUUCCCUGAAAUAACUUUGACUUCUAAUAAUUUAUUUAAAAGUCCCUGCUCAGCUCACUGGGAUGUGACGGAAAUGCGGAUCUAUUACAUUUACCUGUGGACCAGAAUAAAAUCUCGGACGUUAACUA